AGUUGACUAUGUUUUCACUCUUUUUGUUGGGGUGCGACUCUAUUUCGCCCCGACUGCCAGCUGACUGAUGUCAUCGUGACAGCGGUCGCCGAUCUGUCAUCCAACCGGAUGCACUCGAUCUGUGCCGUCACUCUACUCCCGCACUCGCGCCGGCAAGACGAACUAUCGCGUGUCUAUUUGUAUAAUUAGGAGUAAUCAAUAAACGUUAGUCUUUAUUCGUUCGUAAUCAUUUCUAUUACAUUUGCGGAAUCGCAACAGUGGCGACGAGGUCGUGAGUGACGACCGGCUUGUUUGUUUUUCUCGCGAAAUCUGACUACACAGUACCGUGUGCCGUGCCGUACGCUGUACGCCGUGCACGUGUUUCGCCAUGACGCCAACUCCGCCUCCGGACUUCAAGGAGACGAUCCUGAAGAUUCUCACCAACCAGCAGGACCUUAUGAAGCGGAUUACGGAGCAGAUGGAGAAACAAGGAGGAAACCAAGGCAGCGAGCUCGUACUGGAUUCCCUCGCGAGCAAUAUCACCGAGUUCGAGUACGACCUGGAGAAGGGGAGCUCGUUCGAGGCCUGGUUUUCCCGGUAUGCAGAUCUGUUUACGGAGGAUGCAUGCAAGCUGGACGACGACGCAAAAGUGCGUCUGCUGCUGCGCAAGCUCAGUCCCGCCGCACACGAGAGGUACACAUCCUUCAUCCUGCCCGAGAUUCCUAAAAAGUUCAAAUUCAACGACACGGUUGCCAAGCUCAAGUCCAUCUUUGGCAGUCCGGUUUCUCCGUUUCACCGUCGGUACCAGUGCCUACAGACGGUCAAGGAAGAGGGUGAGGACUACGUCGCUUACUCCUGCAAGGUCAACCGAGCUUGUGUCGAGUUUAAGCUGAAGGACCUCAAAGAAGACCAGUUCAAAUGCCUUAUUUUCGUGUGCGGGCUGACGUCUCCGAAGGACGCGGACAUCCGGAUGCGCUUGCUUUCGAAAAUCAACGAGACGGCGGACAUCACGCUGGAGAAGGUAGUGGAGGACUGUAAAAGCAUCAUCAAUUUGAAAAAGGACACCGGGCUCAUCGGUGGCCAGUCUACCUCCACAGUCGCUACCGCCUCCACGCAGGCUGUCCGAACGAGUUCUCCCCACGGCAAGUUCCGGAAGAAGGAGCGGACUGGCGGAAAGUCCGACGUGCCAAACGCCCCAUGCUGGUCUUGCGGCGGGAUGCACUACAACAGCCAGUGCUCGUUCAAGGACCACAAGUGCCGCGACUGUGGCCGCACCGGCCAUAAGGAGGGGUACUGUUCCUGUUUCGCGUCGAAGUCGAGAUCGAAGCCGUUCAAAGGAAAGCAGCAGCACGUCAAGAACCACGCAGCCAAGAUAGUCACCGUCAAGAACCUAAAACGUAGCCGGCGCUACGUGGAGACGGCGAUCAACGGAGUUCCAGUGGACCUGCAGCUGGACUCAGGCUCAGACAUCACCAUCAUCUCCAGGCAGAACUGGGUCAAUGUCGGGUCACCUCCAACGUCUCCACCGGACUGCAACGUGCAGACAGCUUCCGGGGACAAACUGGGCAUCGAGGCGAUGUUCAGAGCAACCUACACCAUCGGCGGAACGCACAAGGAGAGCAAUUGCUAUGUUUGUAGCGCUGACCUUUCCCUCAACGUUCUAGGCUCCGACUUGAUGGACGAGUUCGGGCUCUGGGACGUACCCUUUUCGUCGUUCUGCAAGCUGGUCGGAACUCAAACACCGGAUCAGCAAGUGGUCGAGCUGAAAACCAAGUUCCCCGAGGUGUUCAACGAUCGCCUGGGCCUGUGCAUCAAAACGCAGGUGCGCCUCGUUCUCAAGCCAGACGUCCAGCCCGUGUUCCGGCCGAAGCGGCCGGUGUCGUACAACAUGGAGGCCGUCGUCGAGGACGAGUUGAAGCGACUCGAGAAUCUGGGCAUCAUCACGCCGGUCAGCUAUUCGGACUGGGCCGCUCCCAUUGUGGUGGUCCGCAAGCCCGAUCGUUCCGUUCGCAUCUGUGCGGACUACUCAACCGGUUUGAACAACGCGCUCGAGUCCAACAACUACCCGCUUCCUCUCCCGGAGGACAUCUUCAACCAGAUGUCGGGCUGCACGAUGUUUAGCCACAUCGAUCUGUCAGAUGCAUAUCUACAGGUCGAGGUCGACGAGGAAAGCAGAAAACUCGUCACGAUUAACACGCACCUGGGACUCUACCGCUACAACCGGCUCUCCCCCGGUGUCAAGAGCGCCCCCGGCGCGUUCCAGCAGAUCAUGGGCACCAUGCUGGGUGGUGUUCCGUGUACAGCUCCGUAUCUCGACGACAUCCUGGUCGGUGGUCGCACCGCCGAGGAACACAAGGAGAAUCUGUACCGUGUCCUGGAGCGGCUCAAGGAGUACGGGUUCACGGUCAAGCUCGAGAAAUGCAGAUUCUUCAUGCGCCAGGUCAAGUACCUGGGCCAGCUGCUGGAUACGGAGGGCAUCCGCCCAGACCCGGACAAGGUGAAGGCCAUCGUCAACAUGCCACCGCCUCACGACGUCCCGACUCUGCGGUCGUAUCUGGGCGCCGUCAACUAUUACGGGAAAUACAUUCGGGAGAUGCGUACUCUUCGCCAGCCGCUGGACGAGCUGCUCAAGGAAAGUGCCAGCUUUCAGUGGUCCGACGCUUGCCAGCGUUCCUUCGACCGGUUCAAGGAAAUCCUCCAAUCACCGCUCAUGCUGACGCACUACAACCCUCGCUUGGAAAUGGUGGUGUCCGCAGACGCGUCGAAUGUGGGCAUUGGCGCCCGCAUCGCUCAUCGGUUCCCGGACGGGUCGGAGAAGGCCAUCUACCACGCAUCCCGAAGCCUCACGCCAGCAGAGUCCCGCUACAGCCAGAUCGAGAAAGAAGCCCUGGGUCUGGUGUACGCGGCCACAAAGUUCCACCGGAUGAUCUACGGGAGGCAUUUCGUUCUUCAGACCGACCACAAACCGCUGCUAGCGAUUUUCGGUUCAAAGCGUGGAAUCCCACCGUACACGGCCAACCGCCUCCAGAGGUGGGCCCUCACGAUGCUUCUGUACGAUUUCCGGAUCGAACACAUCUCCACUGACCACUUCGGACAUGCAGACAUCCUCUCACGCUUAAUCAACUCCCACAUCAAGCCUGACGAGGACUACGUCAUCGCGUCGAUCGAGGUGGAAACCGUCAUCUGCAAUGUCGUCUGCCAGUCCGUUGAGCAUCUGCCAGUUUCGUACCACACGAUAGCUGCCGAGACUAGCCAGGACCGGACACUGCAGAAAGUCAUGGAGUUCGUGGACAAAGGCUGGCCCAGCGACGCGAAAUCCCUCUCCGGAACACCGGAGGUCCAGCAGUUCUUCGCGCGUCGUGACUCGCUGUACUUGGCCCAGAAGGUGCUGAUGUACAGUGACCGGAUUGUAAUCCCGAAGAAGCUGCAAAAGAAGGUCCUCGAACAACUGCACCGAGGGCACCCAGGCAUCGAUCGGAUGAGGUCAUUAGCGCGCACUCUCGUUUACUGGCCCAACAUCGAUGACCAAAUCUCCGCUCUUGUACGCGCCUGCCAGGAAUGCGCGUCGGUUGCGAAAGCUGACACCAAAACGAAGCUCCAGUCGUGGCCGACCCCCGAAAAGCCGUGGCAGAGGGUACAUGCGGAUUUUGCUGGUCCCAUCAACGACACCUACUUCCUGCUUGUGGUCGACUCUUUCUCCAAAUGGCCGGAGAUCAUUCCGACCAAGCGCACCACAACAGCUGCCACCAUUUCGAUCCUCCGCAAAAUUUUUGCUCGGUUCGGGAACCCGGAAGUGAUGGUGACCGACAACGGCCCGCAGCUAACCAGCGACACCUUCGAGCAGUUCUGCGAGUCCAACGGGAUCAUGCACCUCAAAACAGCACCGUUCCACCCCCAAAGCAACGGGCAGGCGGAACGUUUUGUUGACACCUUCAAGAGGACAGUCAAGAAAAUUCGGGCGGGAGGGGAAGAUCUGGACGAAGCUCUCGACAUCUUUCUCAACUGCUACAGAUCAACGCCGUGUCGGAACGCACCUGGUGGGAAAUCGCCUGCUGAGAUCCUACUUGGCCGACCAAUGCGCACAUCCUUGGAGCUGCUGCGCCCGCCAAGCAAGUUCACCAAGGACAACAACAACAAGCAGGACCAACAGUUCAACGCGAAGCACGGUGCGAAGGAGAAGAGCUUUGCGGUGCGAGACAAGGUGUACGCUCAGGUGCACCAAGGUAACAACUGGAGCUGGGUCGCCGGAGAAGUGAUCGAAUGUGUUGGACGAGUCAUGUAUAAUGUGUGGCUCCCCGAACGACAGCGUCUCAUCCGCUCACACAGCAACCAGCUGCGGCCGCGCUAUGACGACUGCGAUGGAGUACCGGAUCAAGCAGAGCAGACCAUCCCACUUGACAUUCUGCUAGGCGCCUGGGGUCUAAAACCAUCUGGAGAUUCCACUACGACCGAAGCAGCGCCGCCGCCGCCGGCUGAACCUGAGGGAUUGAGCGAUCUACAGCGAGAGUUCUUGCGAGAGCUUUUUCGAACAACCAACACGAAUCGACGACCACGGCCGGCAAGACCGGGUCCUGAAGUGCCGCUGCGCCGCUCGUCGAGGUCACGGGUUACACCGGUCCGCUACGAGCCGUACCAGCUCUACUAAAAGGGGAGGUGUUGGGGUGCGACUCUAUUUCGCCCCGACUGCCAGCUGACUGAUGUCAUCGUGACAGCGGUCGCCGAUCUGUCAUCCAACCGGAUGCACUCGAUCUGUGCCGUCACUCUACUCCCGCACUCGCGCCGGCAAGACGAACUAUCGCGUGUCUAUUUGUAUAAUUAGGAGUAAUCAAUAAACGUUAGUCUUUAUUCGUUCGUAAUCAUUUCUAUU